UGCGGUUGCACAGCUGGGCCGGAAGUGCCCGUGCACAUGGAUGUGGCUGAAGAAGCGGCAUCUGCAUAGACUGUAAUGAAGGCAGCAGCCCCCAGCACAGGAAACAUGAAGGAUACAGAUACUGAAGAACUUUAUCUAGAUUGUGACCUUCACCGUGAGGACACCGUGCUUCCUCUUCAUACAUCCAUUGUACUGUUCUUGAUGUCUUAUUGUGACUGUAAGACUUUUACAACUUUUCUAGUGGUACCAGAAGACGACCACAGGAUUCCUCAGCGAGGUUUGUUCCCAAGUAAACUGGACGUCUCCAUCAUUUCCAGAAAAGAUCUUCCAGCAAUUGCUCAGAGCUGUCGCCUGCCUGCGGUUAUUGAGGCUUCUGGCGCAUUCUGCAGAGCAGGUCUGGCGGUGGUACUUAGACACAUCAUACAGAAAACACACAGUGCAGAUCCCUCCAGGAAGGACGUGCUUGAACUUCUAGGGUUUAAAAAGACCUGUUUAAAGGCAUGUGCUGAGGUUAGCCAGUGGACCAGGCUCUGUGAGCUCAGCAUCCCAUUGGCGGUGGAAUCCUUUCUGAAAGAGCCAUCUGCCACCAUUCCUCCAGAAGUUUUUCGGCUUGAAAGAAAGCUUGGCGAGCCAGUCAGAGUCCACAAUGAUGACAAGAUACGGCGACAAAAGAUGCAGCAGCAAAUUAAAUCCAAUGAGACAGGCAAAAAGAAGGCAGGACAGGAAGAACCAUUUGAGGGAAGCCUUGAGAAACCUCAGAGUUUGGAGCUGACUGCAGCUUUGUCCAAACUUAGUGUUCAAGAUGUGCCCUCUAAAAUGGCAAGAGAACCUGCGCACAUCAGGAAAGCAAAGACCUCAGACCUCCCAUCUCUUGAACAUGUAUUUGCCGAGGGCCUUUAUUUUACUCUGACUGAUGUUGUACUACUGCCUUGCAUCCAUCAUUUUCUGGUUGCUCUCCAGAAGGUAUCACCAGAGAAGAUUUAUGGGCUUCCUCUAUUAACGGACUGGUAUGAUCGGGUCCUCCAGGUCCAAGGUGUGCAGAAGGCAGCUGCUGCAUCUAAUAUAUCUUUUCUCCAUUUUGUUAAAGUGGAUUCCCAGCACCGAGAGCCACCAGCAUCAACUAAAAUAGACCCAGAAGAAAAAGUAUUUCCAGAAAGCCACUUUCUUGGAGGCCCCAGGCCAACUAUGAGUAAGCUAAAAAACCAUGGUGUUGAGGCAGUAUUUUCUCCUCAUCCGUGCCCAUCCCAAAAUAUUGACUGGGGAAGUCUUCCCGCAGCAGUAAGCCCAUCAGAAGGUAAGAUGUCCAGUGACCGUGCCGUGAGGAAACAGCAGCAGCUGAAUAAUCUCUUAUCAGUCGUCACUAAUAUGGCAAAACCUGGAGACACAAUUGUGGACUUUUGUAGUGGAGGGGGUCACGUGGGAAUUGUUUUGGCAUACAUGCUGCCAUCAUGUCAGAUCGUUCUGAUAGAGAAUAAAGAAGAGUCUUUGAUUCGUGCCAGGGACAGAAGUAAUGGAUUAGGAUUAACGAAUAUCUGGUUCAUUCAAGCAAACCUGGAUUACUUUACAGGGAAGUUUAAUAUUGGGGUAGCACUACAUGCAUGUGGAGUGGCAACAGAUAUGGUGAUAGAGCACUGCAUCAUUGCUAGAGCGGCAUUCGUCAUCUGCCCCUGCUGCUAUGGUUUUAUCCAGAAUACAGUCAAGACCACGUUUCCACGAAGUUGCCGCUUCCAGAAUGUACUAUCUUACAAGGAGCACAUGGUGCUUUGUAGAUUUGCAGAUCAGACAGCUGUCCAGCUUCCUCCGGAGCGGAGGCUGAUAGGGAAGAACUGCAUGGGUUUGGUUGACCUGGAUCGAGCUUGGGCUGCUGAGCAAUAUGGCUAUAAAGCCCAAGUGAUCUCAAUGGAACCAGAAAGUUGCUCACCAAAAAAUAAUUUUAUUGUUGGCUCUCCAAUUUAGUUUUUUAUUUUAUUAUUAUUAUUAUCUUUUUUUACAUAUACUGGCCACAUGGCAAUUUUUUAUGAUUACAUCCCAUUAGAAUAAAAAUCAUCAAAUAUGGU